UCCAGACAAUGAUUUCAAAUGAUGACAACAGCACAGAUGGAAAAUCCUUACAUCAUAACACAGGGAAUAAUGGAUCUAUGUGCACAGUCAGAGUUGGGUCCAGAAGUCUUCCACUGUAUCCAUUGGUGGCCGUGUGUUUAGGACUGCUAAACGCUGUACUGAUGUUAUCGGCUAUUGUUAUUGGUAUUUACUGUGGCAAAGUAAGUGGGGAAUCCACCUCCGACCAAAUAACAGCACAAGCCCUCAUCAUAGAGGUGAAGCAAAUUCAGAUAAUGCACACUGAAGCGAUCAAUGCUCAAGAAGAGGUCCGACACACAUUAGAGACAGAGCUGGGGAACCAUCAGCAACUGAAACUGCAGUUGGAGCAGAUCAAGGCACUCAGCGAUGGCCUUCAGGGGCAGAUUGAGAGACUACAAAUGGAGAAAGCAACACUGAAGGCCAAUUCAUCUGAUAUUCUGAAAAGUUGUGGACGAUGCCAGUCAGGAUGGCUUUUAUUUAACACAUCAUGCUACUUCCAUUCUGUAUUCCAACCCUCAAAGAGCUGGCAAGACAGCAGGGCGGACUGUAUCAGGCGUGGGGCCGAUCUGGCUGUGAUUAAUAGCUUGGAGGAGCAGGUAAAUCUUUUUGAGUACCUACCUAAACGGGCUGUGGGCAUUGGACCAUGGUGGAACGGACCAGGGGGCAUUUGGAUCGGCCUUACUGUUAUUCAAACGGAGCACAAUUGGGUGUGGGUAAAUAAUGUGACUCUGCAGAAUGAAGGGUACUGGAUAGACGGGGAACCCAACAACCAUGGAAGCGAACCAGAGGGUGAGGACUGUGCAGCACUUAUGAACAGGAGAAACCCUAAGGCAACAUGGUAUGAUGCAAAAUGCCAAGAUAAGAAGGAAUGGUUAUGUGAAAUGGAACUCAACUAGCUGCGGAGAGCAUGGUGGUCCGAAUCCAGGCAAAGAGAAGAGAAGGAACAGAUAUUUUCCAUAUCAGGAUUUGUAUCUCAAGAUUAACAACCCUAGCUUUAACUGAUCAAACUCUCAGCAAGAAAGUUAAUUAGUGCAUUCUCAAAUGUAUUCUCAAAAUGUCUGACUAUUCUUUUAUCAAACAUGUUGUGCAGAAGGCUUUCGCUACACGUUCCAACAGUACUGUGCUUGGAAAGCCUUCUUUUAUGUUCCUUCUUCAUGGAAUACCUCCUGCAGCUCAACACCGUGGUAUCCCUGGAUAGUUUUAAAAGACCUCAUUAAUGGCAUUAUCAAUGUUUUAUGGAGUGAUGCUCUGGAAUAACACAUUGAUUAUUUUGAUUAAUCCUUGAUUCAUAAAACAGAUGUUUUUAUUCUCAGUAAUGAUACUUUUCUGUUGUCAUACAUUCUUUUGUUCCUACUAAGUUCUAACUGUUGUUUUGACUUUAGCCGUGCAGCAGCAGUCAGUGCCCCACUUUGAAAUAUAUAUUAUCUGUCUAUGGACGGAUGGCAUGACAGUCUUUACAGACAUCAUGAUCCCAAAAGGAUCCCAAUGACUUUUGUGAUCCCGACUUUUCCUCCAGUGCCACCAUGAAGUCAAAAUGUGUCAUUGAC